CUGCCGUUGCAUUCUUGGUGGUUGAAACUCAGUCUGGAAAUGUUGGUCACAUUCUGGAAACACAUUCUGGAAUUGGGAGCGUUUGGUCCUCUGGGAGUAACUGGAAAGUGCUUGUGCCUCAGAGCCAGAAGUGUGGAGAACUUUCCCAGCCAAUGGACUGGGGCGAAGGGAGGGAGCGUUUAAUUAAAGGGAGGAUGGGCCGAAAAGCCAUAAAGGGCAGGGGAUAGGCCAAGGUGCUUCCUUUUAGCUGCCACAGCCUGUGGACACGGGGCCACGAUGGAGUCUCCCGAGGACGAGUGUGCGUGUCUGCUAGCCAACAUCACCAUGUUCACCAAAAAGAAGAAACGCAUCGAGAUCUCGGCCCCCUCCAACUUCGAACACCGGGUCCACACGGGCUACGACCAGCACGAGCAGAAGUUCACGGGGCUGCCCAGGCAAUGGCAGGGCAUCAUCGAGGAGUCGGCCAAGCGGCCAAAGCCACUGGUGGACCCCGUGUACAUUACAGCCGUCCAGCCCGGCUCCCAGAAGACCAUCGUGCGCGGAAACAAAGCUGCCAAGGACGGUUCCCUGGCCUGGCUGCUUGAUGAGUUUGAGAACAUGUCGGUGUCGCGCUCCAACUCGCUGCGCAGGGACAGCCCUCCGUUCCCGCCCCGGCACGACCCCUUUUACCAGGAGAACGGCCUGGGGGAAGCGCUGGGCAGGCCCCGCCACCACCACCACCACCACCAGCACCCUCCCCACACGGAGGAGGAUGGCGGGGGCAGCAAGAGCAGAGACCCCAAGGAGCGGAACCGCCACGGGCCCAAGAACGAUGGGGAAAGGGGCUGGGACGACAGGACUGCCGCGCCACACUCCCGUGGACACGAGCCUCACCACAAGCCUCACCAGCAGUCUGGCCCUCCCCGGCCUCCAGAGCACCCGAAGCCCUUGCCGGAGCAUGGUCACCGAGCGCCCGAACGGGACAGGAAGAGGGAGCCCCCUGCCGAGCGCGUGGUCAAGAGGGAGCGGACGGAGGGGCCCGACAAGAGACCCAAGUCCACCUACACUGGCCAGCCCAGCCCGCAGCCCCCCCGGGAAAAGCGGCCCCUCUCUGGCCCCAAUAUCCGGACCCCGAAUAUCCCCAUCUCGGAGGGGGUGAUGAAGACCGCGCAGCAGACGGGACGGCCUUUUAACACCUACCCACGCGCAGACACCGACCUUGUCCGUGGCACUCAGGCCGAGCAUCGGGCCGGGAAAGCCCCAGAAGCCGCCUCCAACGGCCCCAUGAGUGGGAACAGCGGCCCCUCCAGGGCCCCCCCUCCUUCCGGCCCGGCCAGAUCCCGCAACCUGGAGCCCUCCCCUCCGGGGCUCUCCCAGCACGCUUCAGAGCCCCACCUGACCCAGGUGCCCUCAGCGCCGGCCCCCCAGCCUCCGCAGCCCCCUCCCCAGCAGCCCUGCUCCCCCCAGCGGGAGCCCCAGAGGGUCUCCCACGAACAGUUCCGAGCGGCCUUGCAGAUGGUGGUGGACCCCGGAGACCCCCGGACCUACUUGGACAACUUCAUCAAGAUCGGCGAGGGCUCCACGGGCAUCGUCUGCAUCGCCACCGUCAAGAGCUCCGGCAAGCUGGUGGCGGUCAAGAAGAUGGACCUGCGCAAGCAGCAGAGGCGGGAGCUGCUCUUCAACGAGGUGGUGAUCAUGAGGGACUACCAGCACGAGAACGUGGUGGAGAUGUACAACAGCUACCUGGUGGGCGAUGAGCUCUGGGUCGUGAUGGAGUUCCUGGAGGGGGGCGCUUUGACCGACAUUGUCACCCACACCAGGAUGAACGAAGAGCAGAUCGCCGCCGUCUGCCUCUCUGUGCUGAAGGCCCUUUCCGUGCUCCACGCCCAGGGCGUCAUCCACCGGGACAUCAAGAGCGACUCCAUCCUGCUCACCCACGACGGGCGGGUCAAACUCUCCGAUUUUGGAUUCUGUGCGCAAGUGAACAAGGAGGUGCCGAGGCGGAAGUCGCUGGUGGGGACCCCCUACUGGAUGGCCCCAGAGCUCAUCUCUCGGCUGCCCUACGGGCCAGAGGUGGACGUCUGGUCCCUGGGGGUGAUGGUGAUCGAGAUGGUGGACGGGGAGCCUCCCUAUUUCAAUGAGCCCCCCCUGAAGGCCAUGAAGAUGAUCCGAGACAACCUGCCCCCCAAACUGAAAAAUGUGCACAAGGUUUCUCCUUCCUUGAAGGGCUUCCUGGACCGGCUGCUGGUCAGAGACCCAGCCCAAAGAGCCACGGCCAACGAGCUCCUGAAGCACCCCUUCGUGGGCAAAGCCGGGUCCCCCUCCUGCAUCGUGCCCCUGAUGCGGCAGAACCGGAUGAGAUGAGCGAGCCGGAGCCGGACUCCUUCGUGAAGAGAGAAAGGGGGGGGAAGAGCCACCAUCCCCAGCCAGCCCCACAAAGCAGAGGAGACCUGCGUGCAAAAGGGGGGGCUUUGAGACCCCCCCCCACCAAGCCCUGCUUCCUGGGGGGAGUUCAGCCAGCAGUCCGGAGCCUUCCUCAAGGACUCCUCUUGGCCACCUGGUGACGUGGGCCCCCAAGGGGACGCUGGGACCCAUCUCCGGCAGAGCUGCUCUGCAUCACCAUAUUGUACUACUGAAUUGAGGAGGGGCUUUGUUUGGCUGUGGGGUGGGGUGAAAAGAGGCGGCAUCGUUUCCCUUGUCAGUCUCCUAAAUCCUGGGCAGCCAGGGUCUGGCGGGGGGG